ACAAUUCUGGUAGCUGUACCCAUCAAUUCACUAGAGUCCCUGCAGCUUCAUGCUCUGCUGUAUUACUCUUUCUUUCUGCAUUCAAACAUUGGAUGCUCUCCUUUUGAGAAGAUCAUGAAUAAGAGAAUGAAUUUGUGCAGUUUAAUACUAUGGUUUUGUUGCCAGAGUCUCCAACGUUGAAGAUUGGAAAGUUCUCUCUGACCCUCAUCACUCUUCUUGCAUAUUAGUAAUUAUUAACACCCGUUGAAUAAUUAAUUAAAAUCAAACUGAACUAAAAUUUUAUAUUUAAUAUGUAAUGGUCUGUCCUUCUCUACAUUUGACUUGUGUACAGGCCUCUCUUUCUCUCUAUCUCUAUGAAAUGAUAAAUAAAAUAAUAAUUUCUCCCAAACCGAGGUCUCUUAUUUAUAAGGCAUGGUAUUUGUAUAUAUAUAACACAAACCACCAAAGUUUCAUCUAGAUAAGAAAGUGAGAGUUUGGAUCAUCAAAGACAGGUUUUGAAAUUGCAGGGGAAAAUACAAAGAGAGAAAUGGGAAGAGCUCCUUGUUGUGACAAGGCAAGUGUUAAGAGAGGACCUUGGUCACCUGAAGAAGACUCAAAGCUGAAGGAGUACAUAGAGAAGCAUGGCACUGGAGGGAAUUGGAUUGCUCUUCCUCAAAAAGCUGGUCUGAAGAGAUGUGGGAAAAGUUGCAGAUUGAGAUGGCUUAACUAUCUCAGGCCCAACAUUAAGCAUGGAGAUUUCACAGAUGAGGAAGACAGAAUAAUUUGCAGCCUCUAUGUUAACAUAGGAAGCAGGUGGUCAAUUAUAGCUGCUCAAUUACCAGGAAGGACUGACAAUGAUAUCAAGAACUACUGGAACACCAAGUUGAAGAAAAAGCUCAUGGGGUUGCUUCCAAUAUCUUAUCACAGAGGAAAAUCUUCAUUCCCAUCUUCCAUUCAAAACCCUUCACCUUCUCCUUGUCACCAAUCAAUGUAUAGAGACUACUCCUCAUACAUCCCAACAAAUGCAUCAUCCUUCACAGGCCUUGACCCAAUUUCACUCCAUUCAAGCAUUUAUGCAAAUCCAAGGUCCACAACAACAACCUCAUCAGUUUCUCUCCCCUUUUACCAAAACCAAGAGGCCAUGCAAUACUACUGCCCUGGGAGAUCAGAGAACAUGCUGAUGUUUGGGAGUGAAGGAAGUUGCAGUUCCUCUGAUGGAAGCUGCACUCAGGUGAAGGAGAUCAAGCAAGAAGAAAUGGGUUAUUACAACAUGUCAAGUGGGUAUGAUCAUGAGUAUAAUAAUAGUUUAAUGGUUAGUUAUGGUAGCAUUAAUGGUGGGGGUGAAAAAGUGAACCAAUAUGCAGAAAAGUCAUCAGGGGGAGGUGGCUGUUGCUCUGACCAAACAACACUGUUAUCACCUUUAGAUUAUGGGAUUGAAGAUAUUCAGCAAUUGAUUAGUAGUAGUUGUGGUAGCAGAAGUGAUUUCAAUGUUGUUGAUGAAAACAAGACUGAGGAGAAGGGCAUGUACUACUACUAUUACUGACUACUACAACUUAUGAUGAGUUUGACUGGGGUAAUUAGGGGGUAUGUUGGUGGGAAUUAGAUUCAGAUUCUGGGGUUCUGCGUUUCUUUCAUGAAAUGAAUCAUUUCUUUAUUUUGACA